AUGCCACGACGUAUCUCGAUUCCCUUCACCACUUCUAGCAGCAUGCCGCACUCCGAGAGGAUCGGCGAGAGAAGACCCUCACAAUCCCGAGGGAACCGCCUCAGUCAAUUCUUCUCUUCGUCUCCUAAAGCCAGCCAACAGUCGUCGGCUCAGCAAGCCCUCAUGGCUAUGCAGAACGGUUCCUCUCCCUCCAUUACUGCCGCGAGCCUGUCAUUACCUUCCAUUUCCUUAUCUACCGCAACGGCCGGCGAACCUAAUACCGACGAGCCGCCAACUACUCUUUUCCAGCCUCCAUCUUCCACCGAAGUCUCAGCCCAGAGGCGUUUCGAUGCUCAAUUCGGCCCAUUGGUCCACCCAAGCCAUCGUUACGUGAGCAAGCAUCAUGGAGAACAGCUGGAAGCUCCCGUCAUUGACGAGCCUCCCUAUUACUACGUCUUAACCACCUAUAUCAGUUAUCUACUUCUUCUGGCUCUUGGUCAUAUAAGAGAUUUCUUUGGCAAGAGAUUCAGUCAAAAGCAAUUAUACAAGACUAUUCGUGCCUCCAAUGGCUAUGCGCCGCUGAACGACGACUUCGAUAGCUUCUACACAAGAAGAUUGAAGAUGCGCAUAGAUGACUGUUUCGCCAGGACAAGCACUGGGGUACCAGGCCGGUACAUCAACCUUCUGAAUCGUGUUUCGUAUGACUUCAAUGAAUCAUACAAGUAUAUUGGCGGCCAAACCGAGACCCUCAAUAUGAGCUCUUAUAACUACCUUGGGUUUGCUCAGUCCGAAGGUCCUUGCGCUACCGCCGUUGAGGAAUGUGUCAAGAAAUACGGUCUUAGCUUUUGCAGCCCUCGCGCUGAUUCUGGUACCUCUGAUCUCGUUCUUGAAGUUGAGAAGGAAGUUGCUUCGUUUGUUGGCAAGCCGGCUGCUAUGGUCUUCUCCAUGGGAUUCGUCACAAACGCAAGUUCCUUCCCUGCUAUCGUAUCUAAAGGAUGUCUUAUUCUGUCUGACGAGUUGAACCACGCCUCAAUCCGACUUGGCGCCCGUCUUUCUGGUGCUGUCAUUCGCUCGUUCAGACAUAAUGAUAUGGGCGAUCUGGAGAAGAGACUGCGCGAAGCUAUUGCUCAAGGCCAACCCCGCACUCACCGCCCCUGGAAAAAGAUACUUGUCGCUAUUGAGGGUUUAUACUCUAUGGAGGGUACAAUGUGUGAUCUACCUGGUGUUUUGGCUCUUAAGGAUAGGUACAAGUUUGCUCUCUAUGUCGACGAAGCCCACAGUAUCGGAGCCCUUGGUCCCAGGGGUCGCGGUGUAUGCGACUACUUCGGCAUUGAUCCUAGCAGAGUUGAUAUCUUGAUGGGCACUCUGACCAAGUCUUUUGGUGCCAAUGGAGGUUACGUUGCAGCUGAAAAGCAUAUCAUUGAUAAGCUAAGAAGUACAAAUGCUGCCACUAUGCUGGGUGAAUCGCCUACUCCUGCUGUUUUGACGCAAAUUCUUGCUUCGUUGAAGAUCAUUACCGGCGAUAUCGUUCCUGGUCAAGGCGAGGAACGUCUCCAACGCAUUGCCUUCAACUCUCGUUAUCUUCGUCUCGGUCUCAAGCGUCUUGGUUUAAUUGUUUACGGACACGACGAUUCUCCUAUUAUCCCUAUUACCUUGUACAACCCUGCCAAAAUCUCUGCCUUCAGCCACGAAAUGCUCAAACGUAAAAUUUCGGUGGUUGUUGUGGGUUAUCCCGCCACUCCAUUGAUCAGUUCACGCGCACGAUUCUGUGUCUCUGCUGCUCACAACAAGGAUGACAUGGACCGCCUCCUAGCUGCUUGCGAUGAAAUUGGCGACAUCCUGCAGCUGAAAUUCUCGACUGGUAUUGCAGGAGGCCUUAAGCCUCUACCAGAGGGCGUUACUCCGAAGGACGAGCAAGCGUGGCGUAAAGCUAAUGGAUUAGAAGGCGCUAUCGAACCGCCACGAUGGUCGCUGGAGGAGGUCAUCGCUCGCGGCGCAGAGGAUGCUAAGGUUAGGUUAAGAUAG